AUGCGCUUCACCCAGGCAUCCACCAAAUACGGUAUCCCGAAGGGCACUCUCUACGACAACAUCCUCGGCAAGUCCAAGAGGAUGAUGAUCCUUGAAGAAACCGCCCUCGACCCGAGCGAGGAAUCAGCAGUGCUCGAAUUCUGCUGCGACAUCAGCGUCAGUCCGUACAAUCGGCGUACGAAGAAGUCUCUAAAUGCGAUAUUGAAUUUUGUGGAGCGUCUCAGGCGGAAGCACGACCCCGGCUUCAUGUUCACCGGACUGUCGGGCUUCCGCUGGUGGUGGGCCUUUUGCAAGAAGCACUCGAUAGUCUCGCUCUAUAUCAACGACGAGAACGAGAACGGUGCCGAUUCCUCUUAA